AACUUACCUGCAGCCGCCGCUCUCACAGCCGCAGCUUGAUAUUAUAAAUUGAUGUGUAUGGUCGUUAGUUGAUGUAUUUUGUUGUUUGACAGUUGACUUAUGAAGAUUUUUUAACGACAGUAAAGUCCAUGUCUAUAUGGGUAAAAGUGUAAUUUCACAGGUUUCAUAUAAUUUGUGGUAAAACAAAAAAAUAUUUGCCACUUGCUAUUUUUAAUUUGUACAGUUCAAUAAUUGUACGAAGAACAGAGAAAUGUUGUGAGAAUCUCUGUUUAAAUUUCUGUCGCAGACUUGAAAUAUUACAUUUAUUUCAUCUAGUACAUUUAAAAUGAUUUUGUAAUGGUUAAUAUCAUUAAGAUUUGGCCUUACGCUUCAGCUGUAUUAAGUUUGUACAUUAUAAAACGUUAUUUUGCUGGAGGAGUCUGUCAACACGAACCCGAUUUAACCGAUAAGGUUAUAAUUGUAACAGGUGGUACAACUGGUAUUGGAAAAGAGGUAGCAACAGUUUUAGCUGAAAGAGGGGCAAGAGUUAUCAUUUGUAGCCGUGACGAAGUCAGAGGUACUAAAGUUUGCUUUGAAAUACUGAAGUCAACUGGUAACCCAAAUAUAUAUUUCUUUUAUUUGGAUCUGAACUCAUUCAGCAGCAUUCGGGAGUUUUCAAGAGCCAUACACGAACGCUUUGAUGCAAUAUAUGCAUUAGUGAACAACGCUGGAGUUUUUUACCAUCCAUUUGUUCAGACUGAAGAUGAUUUCGAUGUGACGUUUCAGACAAAUUAUUUAGGUCCGUUCCUUCUAACACAUUUGUUGCUGAACAUAAUCCGCGCUUCUGGUAAUGGUCGAAUCGUAAAUGUUAGUUCCGAGGCACACCGUUAUCUGCACAUACUGAACCCGAGAUAUGUGGAUGAACUCGGAACUCGAUCGAAUAACCGCUUUAUAGCGUAUGCUGCUUCAAAAGCCUGCUUACAACUGUUUACCUACAAACUUUCACAAACAUUGAGUGACUGCGGAGUGACCGCAAACGAUGCAAAUCCGGGAAAUGUGAAAACACAAAUACUUGAUGGUUACUUCAAGACUUACCACCCAUUACUAUUGAAACUCCAGACUCCGUUGCGUUGGCUAUUGAUAAAAACGCCCAGGCAAGGUGCCCAAACAAUUUUGCAUCUACUUCUUUCUCCGGAUUUACAAGACACUACUGGAAAAUAUUUCACUGAUUGUAAAGAGUGCGAUCCAUGUCCAUUGACUCGUAACCAGGAGCUCGCUGAACAAUUAUGGAUACGCAGUUUAGCGUGGAUAAACAAAAAAUGAACAAACUACCUAUCGUCGAUGUCCGCUACGAGCAAACCGUCCGCGAAUCCACCACAGUUUUUAGACCUCUGAUCGGAGAUAAAUGUUCAAUUUCCAUUACGAGUU